AUGUUGUUGGACUACUGCUGUCGUUGUUGUGGAUUCACACUCAUAAAACGCCAUGGACCCUUCUCCCUCAAGGCUACACCCAGUGACACCUGGGUAGGGACACUGUGUAAUGUUUAGUAAUAAGAAUAAUGUGUUAGCAUUAGAUAGCCGUAGUGUAGCAGCAGCACUACACUAGAUAUAUUUAUGUGUCAUAAUGCGAUUUUUAAAUUAAAUGUGCAGUAUUUUAAAAAAUAUUCAAUAUACUGACUUGAAUUUUUGUUUAUGGCUUCCUGAUGAGAGUCAAAAUUUACAUCCAGCCAAAUUUAGCUUUUGAAUUUAUGCAUUGAAGCUAAAAUUAAAUCUCAAACAUGUUUUUUGCUGUUAGCGAAAGCUUUGGUAGGUUGGGGGAUGAAUUUGAAGUUACUUAUCUGUUUUUAGGAGCAGGUUUUUUUUUUAAGUACAGCCGUUUCUGGGUGUAACAAACAAACCAGCGCCCAGCCAAAGCGUUUAGCUGUCUCAGAGUAUUAGAAUAAGCUUAGCCAGCCACUUCACUGCCUUCAGACACACCCACGUCCUCAUGGCUGUAAAAAAAAAAAAUAAGUACACCAGAGGGGGGGCUUUCAGAAUGACCUUUAAAAUUUCAUCCAACUAUUUAAGCAGAAAAAUUAAACACAGAGACAUUUUUAUUCAAAUUUUUUCUCCUCUUUUCUCAAAAUUACUUUUUUUAUCGACAUGGUGCAAGUGAGGUAGAGGUGACUGUAGUGCGGAGGACAAAGUUAAGACAGUAAAUGCACCAUAAUACAAUAAAUUGAUUCCCAGAAAUGCUGUGCUAAACAGGCAAUCCUUCAAGUAUGCUACAUCGUCUUAGUUAAUGGCCUAUUUUCCUCAUUAGUUAGACAAUUAGACCAUGCUAGCUGCUCUGAGAGGCUGUAUUUAAGCACAGCUGCACUGUAGCACUCCAACAACAAUAGCAUGCUGAUAUUCUUAUAAACACAGUAAACAUGCUGAUAUUAUUAUACCUCUAAAGCAGCUCUACCUCUAAGAUAUCUUUGAGGCUUUCUACCUUGAAGAAAGAUGCUGCGUUGGCUUAUGUUUGAACCCAGACUUUAACAGAAACAGACGAAAACUGUAUUGAUGCAGAAUAUUUUGAUAAUGAUUCAGCAUAAAAACUUUAUUUUCUUGCUAAAAUGGCUAAAAUACUUUUGUUUCCAACCCACAAAAAAUGAGGAUUAGCUGCUUUCCUUUACUUUUAGUCUUUUGCAGUGUUAUAAAUUCAUUAUUGUUUUAAUUUGGGACUUGUCAGUUUCUUUUAGUGAUUCAAGCAGCCAUUAUUUGCUAAAUUAGACACAGUUUGCCUCUCUGCAUCACAAAAUUAACACUGUAUCGACAGUAAAAUAAGUGAGGAAUGUUUUAGCUGAAGUCUCCCAGCAGAUGUUUAACUUGACUCAAGAGGAACAGCACAGGUGUAACUUUGAUUAACAGUACCUGUGCUUAAUUAAGGUGUUAGCUGGGCUAACACGCAGGACUCCAGCACCAGAACACCUCAGCCUAUUAUUAACGCAAUUUGUUUCCGAUGUGUUUGACAAGCCAAAAUCUCCACUGUGGGAAGAGGUCUGCAUAUUCCUCUUCUGCGGGUGUCUUCUAACCCAUUUCCUGUAAGUGCUGCAGUUAAUCAUCUAUGAAUGGAGACUUAAGCAAGAAACUGUCUGCCGCUUCAUCCUGUCAUGAGCUCCGCUUUUCUGGGUCAUGACGGAGAGGAGGGAAAAAAAAGGAGGGGAGCGGGGAAUUUCUGUUUGCUUUGGGACACACAAAAGGCAUCAAAUAAUUAUGACGCAUUCCAGAUAAUGUCUCCACCCGUUCCCUGGUGUGUUUUUUCUCAUAUUGAAAAGGCUUAUGUUACUCCCAUUUAUAAACUGAGGCAUGAAAAUCUCAUUGAUUAAUGUCUCUCAUAUACAUUAUUGAUUUUCUGUGUUUAACCUUGCACAGGGUUGUAAUUUCAGCUUUCCCCCCAGUAGUCUACUGAAGAAAAAAUGAGCAAACAUCUUAAGAAAAUAUCAGGAACAAAUAAAUUUUAGCGUUUUUAUAAAUUUUACUGAUUGCCUCACUCUUCCUCCUCUCCUCCUCAGGUUGUCCUGCAGAAUCUGUUGAUGUGCAUGGUGUGCUUCUACUCUCUAUACUACAUCGUGGUCAGUCUCUGCAUCGGACUGCUCAGGUACGUGGAGUAAAGUCAAGUAUACACCAUAAAAUUUCAUAGUCAGGACGAAGUUCAAUUAAAACAGAUAAAGUAAGUAUUCAAAUAGAUAUUUGCGCCAUUUUUUGCACAUUUUAUGACCCUCUGGUCUGUCCUCAGGGUUCACGAGAUCAACAGUUUGUUGACUCCGUUUGACUACACAGCACAACCAUCAUGGCAGAACCCCAAAUACCUCGGUGAGUAAAUGUGAAAGUACUUCAUAUUAUAUAUUGCUCACUUUUUUAGCACUGGUAUAGAUAAAGCUAUAAUAAUUGUAACAUCAAUGAAUCAUGACUUAGAUGUGACGAUUGUGUGAAUGUGAAGUAUCCAAGUAUAAAGAAUUAUGUUUGUUGUUUCUCUCCUUCAGUCGGUGUGAUCUCCACAGAAGUCACUUAUGUUUUGGGAGGGCUGGUGUUCGCUUGGAUCGUAGAGGAGUGGGUUUGGGAUUACGCCAUCACUGUUACACUGCUGCAUGUCGGCAUGACCGUAGCAGGUAAAUCCACACACUCAUAGACACACACGGAUGGAUUCAAAGUAGAUCAUAGAGCGGAACAGCUGAUAGGAUUUGAGGCCUGGUUAUGUAACUGCGUAUGGUGGCUGUGAUUUGAAGAUGUGAGGAGACACUUAGGUACUUGCAAUUAUCUCUCUUUUGUGUGAAAUUAGAGAAACAGCACAAAAUUUAGACGCUAUUGAAAACAGACGAACAUCCUAUUCAUUUGCAUCUUUUAAGUUAAAUAAUUCUGUGCUUAUUCUUUGUCUUUCCACAGUGAUGUCAGAUUUCCCCUCAGCUGAACAAUGGUGGAUAGCUCUGGGUGAGAUUUCUACUUGCCUCUUUUUUUUUCCCCUUCAACUCUUCCAUGUUAUUUCCAGUUCAACUUGCCUGACAUGACAGCUCUACUCUGUAUCUCUCUCAAACCCGAGAUAGUGAUAUUUUCUCGAAGAAGAUUUCCCUUCCUAAAUCCCUUAUUCCACCUCCAGACAUCCCUCUGAUUCAUCUGCUGUUUCUUAUGUACUCAAUCUGUCUCCCCGCAGCUUCAGGCCUGGUGAUGAUGAUAUUUGGAGGACAGCUCCUGGCCUACAAACUCUUCAGAAGUAACUUUGUCUAUCCUACUGAGCUACAAAACUUCUAA